AUGCCAUCGUUUGCAAUCACGCCGAUCACUCGACAGGCGGUCGAGCUCCGCCUGCAGGAGCUGGAACAUACCAAACAGUCCUUCGAACAGCGAUAUCUCCUAGAUGCGAAGCAGUCUGAAGAGCCCAGUGUUAUCAGACGAAUGGAAAGGCUUUUGGACGAUAUCGAGAACCUUGAUCCAAAGUUCGACAAGGAGGAUGGCAUCUGGACAUCAGAAACCACCAAGCGAUGUAUUGAACAAGCCCGUGAUGGCGAAAUCGUUACCGAGAACAAGCUGCUGAAGCUUGAAAAAGCUCUCCUCGAUAAGCUGAGCAGGUUCCGCAAUCGCAUGGAAGUAUCGUGCCUACAUUCGCGACUCAUGAAAGAGGCUAUAGACGUGUACACCGACACGACAGCUACCAGACUUCUUGAAGACAUGGCCGUGGAAGAUGAUUUCGAGUUUGUUGAUGACGACCGUGAAGAUGCUCUGGAAGAAUUUGUGAGGACAUGUUCGCAGCAGACAACUGUGGAUAGCUCCUCGAUUGAUGAAUAUCUUUCGGGCUUAUUCGCGGGUGAAGAAGACCAUUUGCAAGCUAUUCGCAACGGAAUGCGAGCAUACGGAAGUGAUCUUAGCAACGGAAACAUUGAAGUCGAUCAAGAAACUCUGAAAUGGAUCAUCACGGACCUGAUUCGAUCAGAGUCUAUCAGCCAGGAGCGAAGAGAGACCCUGAUCAAUUAUCUGCAGUCGCCAGACGCGUUACUGGAGGUAACUGCAAUGCUGAACACGAGGGGCUAUCGCGAAUGGAACUACAAGAACGCAGAAGUGGGUUUACCAGUCGAUACACGCAAGACAAUCCGUGGAAAGCACUACGUCAACGUUGAGGUUGAAGUUAUCGACAUGCUGUUCCUCCAUUGCUGUGCAAUCAGAUGGGCGACGAAGUUGAAUGAAUGUCUCAGGGACUACUUUGAUAAGUCCAAAGCGUUCGAAGUCGCCCCACUUGCAAGGGCAGACGCCGACAAGAGGGCUUUCUUUUUCGACAAUACUUCAUUUAUGCCUCCACCGCCUUGUGGAUACACGGGUCCUCCUUGUCCUCCUCCACCACCACCCGAAUCCAAAAAGGGAUGCAGAAGGAGUAAGACGAAGCCUCGAACCAUGCGUCUCACCCCAAUUGUACCCCCAGCGCGCCAUGUGAUCCAUAUGUAUCCUCCGCCGCCACCGGACAUGCUCACGGACGUUGAAAGUGUACGACGAGAUGACUACCAACGGCACUUCUUCAUGUCACGUCUGCCCAAACAUGAUGGCGACGUACCUAAGAUGACUUCGUCGAAAGACAUCCAGGCAAGAUUGAUCAAAACCUUGGCUGUGGAAUGCAAGAUACGCAGGGCUUUCGAUGGCGAAGUCAACGCUUUAACCCUGGACUUCGAUCCGUUGGCCUCUACAUUGCAGCACUGUACCAUCAUCACGGUGUUGAGAUUUCUUGGUGUUCCGGACGUCUUUCUCAGCCUCUUCAACCGCGCUCUCAGGCCCAAGCUGAGCAUUGAGUCUUCUACUCAGAAAGCGGCUCGAACUAUGACGCCUGAAAGUGGAGUUUCCUUUGGCUACUCCAUGGAGAUUUUCUUCAGCGAGGCCGUACUCUUCUUCCUCGAUCUUGCCAUACGCAAGGCAACAGGAUCGUACAUGUACCGUGUACAUGACCACUGCUACUUUGUUGGCCCGCAAGUACAAAUUGGCCAUGCUGAGGAAGUAAUUGUUGAUUUUUCCAACGUUAUGGGAUUAAAAUUCCGCAGUCUCUUCUCCACUGACAAGCUGUCCAUCGGAUUCUUGGAUAUAGACCUUCAGGUAAACUCAACAUACGGCAUCGAAGUCGGAAUCGACGAUUCCAAAGUCGCCCUCUAUGCAGCCAACACAAGUCAGAGGCUCAAGUCGUGUUCAACCGUACUCGAGUGGGUUCAUGAAUGGAAUGAUACUGUCGGUACUUAUGCAGCCCAUUUGCUCGGCCCCCUUGCCAAUGUGUUCAACAAACAACACACCGGAAUGAUCAAAGCAACGUACAGGCGUAUUUACUCUAUCGUUCUUGGUGGCAGCGAGUUAACCAGAUGGGUUGCAAAUAUGCUCAGACCUUUUGUAUCAUGCGAGCUGGAGCAUAGUCUGCAAGAUCUUGAGCCAAUCAUCUAUCUCCCACAAGCCUACGGUGGUCUUGGUGUGAAGAAUCCCUUCGUAACCAUCGCUUUUGCCUCGAACGCGAACGAGCCCGCUGCCAUCAAGGUCAGAGAUUACCUGAGCAUCGAGGCUGCUUACUAUACAAAGGCAUCCGAGCGAUACUCAAAUCAGGUGCCCUUUCUCAAGCAGCAGAAGUUUGUGACCGUCUUUGACAAUGAUUUGCCGAGGAUGAUACAAGCGCUCGGUUCUGGAAUUGGAACCGAUGUCUCUAUCCACACCCUUCCGUUCAUCGCCAAGGCCGAGAUGAUGAAGCAUCGAGAACGUGCAAAGUUCCCCUGUGUUACUACCAACUGGAGCGAACCCGUUAAAACACCCGACCUCGUCCAACUCUACCGAGAUCUUCUCGACGAGCCUAUCAAUGAUAUCGAAGACAGCGAUACGGUCGAGCAGGAGAUAAACCGACUUUCGCUGACAGAAGACUUGAAACCAUGGGAUGAGUUGAGCCAGGAGGAUCGAUGGGUAUUGCAGCUCUAUAACGAGGAGUGCUUCGAGCGGUACGGCAGCUUGGACAUCUGGUGGGCCAAAGGCAUACCUGUCGUGGUCUACAGCGAUCUCAGAGGUCAUCUGCUGGACGAUGAUGAUGAUUAA